GUGGCAGCCUGUGAGAGUCUCAUGGAGCCCACCAGCCUAGGCGGUCUGUCCCGGAGAGAGGAAUCCAGAAUACACAGCUCACCCACACUCUAACACCCUCCGCCAGAGCAAAGGACCAUCACAGUCGGGAGCCGCCCACAGUCCCCAGACCGUCCCACCCCACCGCCUCCCCCCAACAACAUGCCCAGCCACUCAGCGUGAGGGGGAGGUGGGUGGCGGUAAGGGGCGUGAGGAGAGAGGUGGCAGCCCUUGCCAGAGGUGGGCAUGGAGCCGGAACCCCUGGGCGCCCCCAGGCACGUGAGGAGUUUCCCGGCCAUGGUGCACUCGUUCCCCUUUGCCCGGACGCUGAGGGGGUCUCCACCCUUGGGGCUACUGAACCACAGCUCCGGACAAAACCCCUACCGAGCGGGGGGAGCUGGGGGAGAGUCCCAGCAGGGAGCCUCGUUCUCUGUAGACACGCAGAGCACGAGCUCAGAGGAGAUGGCACCCAGCUCCCCGUCGCCCCCUCCUCCGCCCCGGGUCUACAAACCCUGCUUCGUGUGUCAGGACAAGUCCUCAGGAUAUCACUACGGCGUCAGCUCGUGCGAGGGCUGCAAGGGCUUUUUCCGCCGGAGUAUCCAGAGGAACAUGGUUUACACGUGUCACCGUGACAGGAACUGCUCCAUCAGUAAGGUGACGAGGAAUCGAUGCCAGUUCUGUCGGCUACAGAAGUGUUUCCAGGUCGGGAUGUCCCGAGAGUCGGUGCGGAAUGACCGGAACGUGAGGAAGCCGCGAUCCCAGGACGGGGAUGCAGGGAGCUCGGAGCUGAGUGUGGAGCUGGAGGAACUGAUCGAGAAAGUGUGCCGGGCCCAUCAGGAAACCUUCCCUUCCCUGUGUCAGCUGGGCAAGUACACCACGAACUCCAGCGCCGACCACCGCGUGCAGCUGGACCUGGGUCUCUGGGACAAGUUCAGUGAGCUCGCCACCAAGUGUAUUAUCAAGAUCGUGGAGUUCGCCAAGCGGCUGCCGGGCUUCACCGGCCUCAGCAUCGCCGACCAGAUCACCCUGCUCAAGGCCGCCUGCCUCGACAUCCUGAUGCUGCGUAUUUGCACCCGCUACACCCCCGAGCAGGACACCAUGACCUUCUCGGACGGGCUGACGUUGAACAGGACCCAGAUGCACAACGCCGGCUUCGGGCCCCUCACCGACCUCCUCUUUGCCUUCGCCAGUCAUCUUCUGCCCCUGGAGAUGGACGACACGGAGACUGGCCUCCUCAGUGCUAUCUGCCUCAUCUGUGGGGAUCGGAUGGACCUCGAGGACCCAGACGGAGUUGAUCGUCUUCAGGAACCGCUGUUGGAAGCACUGAAAGUCUACGCCCGGAAACGUAGGCCAGACAAACCCUCCAUGUUCCCCCGAAUGCUGAUGAAAAUUACUGACCUGAGGGGCAUUAGUGCCAAAGGUGCUGAGCGAGCCCUCACCCUGAAGACGGAGAUCCCGGGCCCGAUGCCCCCUCUGAUCCGCGAGAUGCUGGAGAAUCCCGAGACGUUGCCGGAACAGGAGGCCGGGGGCAGCCCCCAUGAUGACCCUCACCCACCCCUCUGAUCGUGCCCUCCCUCCGCUGGGAGCAACUGUCCCUUUUGGGCGAGAGGGAAUUGGGGCGAGUGAUCGGAGUUUGAAUCAACCACUUUCCUCUCAUCCACGUCCUCCCACCCCUUCCCCUGGGACCGGGGGUGUGGAGAGACUGCAAAGCAAGACUCCACUACCCGUGAAUGGGCCUCCAGCCUUCCCUAUUCUCUGGGUAGGUGUGUGGGGCUACUGCACAGCAAGAUUCCAAUAGGCAUGGAUAUUUUGGGGUUUGGGCCAAACCCCAUCUCCCUUGGAAAAUGGGGGGGGGCACUGCACAGCAAGAUUCCAUUGUUCUGGUUGAUCAGGGUUUGGAUCAAACCCUCCCUCCCCUGGGAAAUGGGGUGGGGGGAACUACACAGCAAGAUUCCACAAUGCAUGGAUAUGCUGGGGAAUGGACUAACCCCCUCCCCCCUUAAAACGGGGGUGGGGAGAGAGUGAACUGAACAGCAGGAUUCCAAUACUGGUGGAUGACUUGGGAAGUGCAGGGAUUGGGUAGGUGGCGGGCACGGCGGAGACAAACUCCAAUAUAUGACUGGGUCCAGUUUUGGACCAGCCCUUCCCCUCUGUCUCUGGAGAGGGGUGCAAGACUGCACAGCAAGGCUCCAUAUGAGUGGAUGGGUCGAGAUUUGGAUUGGCCCCCCCCCUCCCCUGUCGCUGGGGGUGGGGGGGAACCGCACAGCAAGACUCCAUUAUGGGUUUGGAUCUAUCUCCCACGUCUCUGGUGGGGGGUAUCUGCACAGCAAGACUCCAAUACUAGUGAAUGACGGAGUUUGAACAAACACCUAUCCCCUCCCUGGGAAAUGCAGGGUGGGGAAGGAUGCACAGCAAGACUCUUAUCAUAGCAGGUUGGGGUUUGAAUCUAUCCUCCACUCCCCUGUCUCUGGGGUUGGGGGUGGGAGGAUGAAACAUUCUGAUAAGGAUGGAUGGGUUGGCAUUUUGGGGUUUCCAU